AUGGCUCCUCUACGCCUCCGAGUUGACGGCGCCACCUUCCGAGAUCCCCACAACCGCGAAGUCACCCUGCACGGUAUCAACGUCGCCGCCGAUGCAAAGUUUCCCGAUCGACCUGACCAGCCGUCUCACGUUGCCGAGGACUUCUUCAACGGCGAUAACGUCUCGUUCGCCCAGCGGCCGUUCCCCGUGGAAGAGGCGUCUACCCACUUUACACGGCUAAGGAAAUGGGGGUAUAACACGAUACGCUAUGUCUUCACCUGGGAGGCUAUCGAAGCGGCAGGACCGCGGAGGUACGACGAGGAGUGGAUCCAGCAUACACUCUCGAUACUCCGGGUCGCCAGAGACCAUGGGUUCUACGUUUUCAUGGACCCCCAUCAGGACGUCUGGUCGAGGUUCACUGGCGGUUCAGGCGCGCCGAUGUGGACUGUAUAUGCUUGUGGGCUAAACCCUCGAGCGUUCGACGCUACAGAGGCUUCUCUAGUGCAGAAUACCUACCCAGAGCCUGAGAAGUUCCCGAAGAUGAUUUGGGCCACUAAUUACCACCGCCUCGCCUGCCAAGUCAUAUUCACUUGCUUCUUCGGCGGGAAGGAUUUUGCCCCGAAGGCCAUUAUUGACGGCAAAAACGUCCAGGACUGGCUGCAAGACCAUUUCUUCGAUGCAUUAAAACACCUCGCGAAAAGGAUCCAUGAGGCUGGCGAUUUGGAGAACGAUGUGGUCAUAGGGUGGGAGAGCCUGAACGAGCCCAACAGAGGUCUGAUCGGCCACCCCGAUCUCUCCGUCAUUCCACACGAGCAGAAGCUCAAAAAGGGCACAUCUCCUACCGCUUGGCAAGCAAUCCUAACUGGAUCGGGCAGAGCUUGCGAGAUUGACACAUGGGACUUUGGGGGCAUGGGCCCUUACAAAUCUGGCACUGUGCUGAUAGACCCGCAAGGCCAGUCGGCUUGGCUACCUGCAGACUACGAUGACACUUACUACGGCUGGAAGAGAGACCCAGGAUGGAGGCUGGGCGAGUGUCUAUGGGCUCAACAUGGGAUCUGGGAUCCAUCUACCGACGACCUCUUGAAGAAAGAUUACUUUGCCAAGGAUCCACGUACUGGUGAGACGAUAGACUACAAAUACUUUACAGAUCACUACUGGCUAGAGUACUAUAGAAGACACAGCGCCAUGGUCAAGAGUGUGUUUCCAGAGAGCAUCAUGUUUUGUCAACCGCCAGUGCUGGAGGUGCCGCCGUCCAUGAAGGGUACGAAAGACGAUGAUCCAAACAUCGUCUUUGCUCCACAUUUCUAUGAUGGCGUGACGCUGAUGACGAAGAAGUGGAACCGGCUCUGGAACGUAGAUGUGUUCGGCCUGUUGAGAGGGAGGUAUCUGAGUCCGGCAUUUGCAAUCAAAAUCGGCGAGACAGCGAUCCGAAACUGCUUCCGAGAUGAACUGGCAGCAAUUAGGAAAGAGGGCAUCGACUACAUGGGAAACCAUCCCUGUGUCUUCACGGAAAUCGGCAUCCCAUACGACAUGGAUGACCAGUACGCUUACAAGACCGGCGACUACAGCAGCCAGAUCGCGGCCAUGGAUGCGAAUCACUUUGCACUUGAGGGCUGCAAAGCCAACGGUUUUACCUUGUGGACUUAUGUCGCGACUAACAACCACUACUGGGGAGAUCGAUGGAACGGCGAAGAUCUCUCCAUCUACUCGAAAGACGAUCUCCCACUUCCAACCCCAGACUCGGGCGCCGAGUCCCGCAACUCCCUCGAUCCGAACUCCCCGUCCUACUCGCAAAGCCAGCUUUCAAGAAUCGCAAGCAUUACGCCGUCAAACCUAAAGCAAGCCCUCUCUGGCGAAAACAUGACAUCAUCGAAUCCAAAGCCGCCCUCUGACAAGCCAGAUAAACCUGGCUACCGCGCAGCCGAGGCCUUCGUCCGUCCGACCCCCAUCGCCACGCACGGUGAUCUCUUGACCCACGGCUUCGACCUCCGCAACUGCAUCUUUAGACUCUCUCUCACAGCGAAGACGCCCACACAAGACGACGCACCGACGGAGAUAUUUCUCCCAGAGCAUCACUUCCCGCAGGGGAGGAACACGAUUGAGGUGAGCGGCGGUAAAUGGACGAUCAGUGUUGAGGAGGGCGAGGGAUGUGAGACUCAGCGGCUGAGGUGGUGGCACGGCGAAGGAGACCAGCACAUAAGUAUCAAGGGUGUGAGAAGGAAGACUGGGACGGUGCUUGGGGCUGAGGAAGAGGAGGGGUAUUUGGAGCAGUGUCAGCAGCAGGGAAAGAACUGUGUGGUUAUGUAG